CGGAGCGCGCGCGAUAACCUGAACCACCACAACAACACCGCAACCAUAGCUUACAAGUCCAGUCAAUUUCUUCGCACCAUGACCUCAUCCAACUGCUUUCCUGGCCCCAACCCUGGAGAGUGCUUUUGGCAAAACCAGCCCCAUGAAAUGCACAAUCACCGGUCUACUGAACAGCUGCCAGAGCAGUCCGACAUCGUGAUCAUUGGCGCUGGGUACGCUGGCACGAGCACCGCCUACCAUCUGCUUCGCGACCAUGGAGAAGCCAUCAAGACCAUCACCAUUCUCGAGGCCCGAGGUGCCUGCUCAGGUGCAACCGGUCGCAAUGGAGGGCAUCUGCGCCCCGACUUCUACGGCCACAUUCCGACUUAUAUUGACCGGGCGGGCGUCCGCGCCGGUGCAGAGAUUGCAGAGUUUGAAAUUUCCCACAUCCACGCAAUGAAAAAAGUGAUCGAGGACGAGCAGAUUGAUUGUGACUUCACUCUAGCGCGGUCUAUCGAUGUUUGGUGCAAUGAGGAGGCUGCCCAGAAAGCCAAAGCCGUCUAUGACCGUAUGAAAUCGCUCAACCUCGACUAUAUGAAUGACGUGGUCUUUUACACCGGCAAGGAUGUAGAGGGUAUUUGCGGGGUUAAGGGAGCCAAAGUCUGUGCCUCUUUUACGGCGGGAAUGAUGUGGCCAUACAAAUUCAUCCUGCACCUUCUGAAAACCGCCCUAGCCUCGGGCAAGGUCAACUUGCAGACGUUUACCCCGGCUCAGUCGAUCACCCCCGCACCUCAAGGCGGCUUCACCAUCCAAACCCCGCGCGGCAGCAUGCAUGCCUCCACUGUCAUUCACGCCAAUAACGCUUACGUCGCAGGCUUACUGCCCGAGUACACGAAAAACAUCGUCCCGUGCAAGGGGAUCUGCUGUCGAAUCACAGUGCCCGAGGGCACGACUGCCCCGCUCCUCAACAACUCCUACAUCAACCGCACCGAAGAUAACACCCUCUCCUACCUGAUCCCCCGCGCAGAUGGUAGUAUCAUCGUGGGAGGCGCGUCGUCCAAGUUCCGCCCCUUCAAAGAGCAGUGGUAUAAUAAUGUCGACGACAGCGUGCUCAUCGAGUCUGCCAAGGACUAUUACGAUGGCUACAUGCAGCGAACGUACCGGGGAUGGGAGAAUAGCGGCGCCAAGGUAGACCAGAUCUGGACGGGCGUCAUGGGAUAUUCGUAUGAUUCCAACCCGCAUGUCGGUGCAGUGCCCGGUAAGGAUGGCCAGUACAUCCUCGCUGGGUUCAAUGGGCAUGGAAUGCCCGUCAUCUGGCGGGCUGCGCAGGAAUUGGCACGGAUGAUGGUGCAGAAAAUCCCGUUCGAGGAGACGAGUAUGCCGCGUCUGUUCAAGACGACCCAAUUCCGGAUCGAUCGCGCUAUGAACGGCUCGGAGGAUGAUGGAGAUAUUCUAGGGACGGGCAACUUCCCUUCGACCAAGCCUUGAUUGAGUAUGACCAUCAAAAGGGUAUUUGUAUAUAAACUUUCAUGUUGUAGAGAUAAUCCGAUGAGUGACGGC